GCAGCAAAGAUGGCGGCCGGAACCAGCAAUUACUGGGAAGAUCUCAGGAAACAGGCUCGACAGCUGGAAAAUGAACUUGACCUGAAACUAGUUUCCUUCAGUAAACUAUGUACAAGUUACAGUCACAGCAGUGCCCGAGAUGGAAGACGCGACAGUUCUGAUACAACACCCCUUUUAAAUGGAUCAAGCCAAGACAGAAUGUUUGAGACAAUGGCAAUUGAAAUUGAACAGCUUUUGGCCAGGCUUACAGGGGUAAAUGAUAAAAUGGCAGAAUAUACCAACAGUGCAGGUGUCCCGUCUUUGAAUGCAGCACUAAUGCAUACGUUACAGCGACAUAGAGACAUAUUACAGGAUUAUACACAUGAAUUCCACAAAACCAAAGCAAAUUUUAUGGCAAUACGGGAAAGGGAGAACCUCAUGGGAUCAGUGCGAAAAGAUAUUGAGUCAUAUAAAAGUGGGUCUGGAGUAAACAACCGGAGAACUGAACUGUUUUUGAAAGAACAUGACCACCUUCGAAACUCAGAUCGUCUAAUAGAAGAAACAAUAAGCAUUGCUAUGGCAACAAAAGAAAAUAUGACUUCUCAAAGAGGAAUGCUGAAGUCAAUUCACAAAAUGAACACUUUGGCCAAUCGUUUUCCUGCUGUGAACAGCCUGAUCCAGAGGAUCAACCUUAGGAAGCGGCGAGACUCACUCAUCCUGGGUGGUGUAAUUGGUAUUUGUACCAUCCUAUUGCUGCUGUAUGCGUUCCAUUGAUGGGACGCCUCCUGGGACUCUUGACCGCCACCAUUUUCACGCCCUUAUCUGGAAUAAGGAAAAGUAGGAAGGAGAAGUUGACUGUCCUGAUCUUUAGCCAAACCAGUGGAUGAAUUCAAAGCUGAGAGCAAUGGACUCUGUGACAUGGGUGGGUUGAGCUGAAGCCACAGUUUUUCUGUGCUAUCUUUUCUAACAAGCAUUUCUCUGUUUUUAAUUUAGAGGAAAAAAAAAAAAAGAUUUUCAGUUGGUAUUGUCUCCCUAGGAGGUAAGUAAACCAAUCAAAAACAGAGUUUCUGUGCUUCAGUGAGGGUGUUGAAGCCUGAUACCAGCCAGGUCUUUCAUUUGGACUCUUCAGAAUACCAAGUUUCUCUAUGUCCAAAGACUGCUUUUCUUCCAGUCACCAGAUUGGGUUGUGAAUAAAAGUAAUUCUUGUCUUUUUAUUUAACACUCAUGAUGAGAAAUUACAAGUCCUUUCUUGGUAAUCUAUGCUAUAGAUUCUUACUGUGUUCCCAACUCUUUUGGUAUUCAAGGAAAAUUUUGGCAUCCCAUUUUUCACAGAUUCUUUGAGAUGCUGAUAGGCCAACUUUGGCAUGUUUGAAAUUGUCUGAAACAACACUGCAAAAAAAAGUAUAUCAUUUUCUUUUUUUACAAUUAUGAUUACAAUGGGGUUCACUGUAUUGCUGGAAAAACAGUAAGAAUGACAGGCUUUUUUUUUAAAGGAACAAGUCUUUGUUUUGAUUUUUUUUUUCCUUCCAUUGGAUUAAUAUUUGCUACUACAAGAUAAUGAAAUCUCAGUUCUCCCAUGACAAAAGAAACUUGCAGCCAAUGUUGUAAGUGCUUCCAGCUGUUUCUCAUCAUGUCAGGAUUUGCACUGGUAUUGGAGGGAGGGGACUGCUCUGGCACAUGUGAGAGGAUAUUAGGCUCACUAUCCAGAUAAUUCCAUUUGCAGAUGGUCUGCAACUCAGGAGCAAAGGUUUAGGAGCUUUUGGCUCAUGUACCAGGAAUUCUGUGUUCUGUGAAAAUGUACUCAUUCCAGAUCUGUUCAGCUCUCCAAACAUCCAGACAUGUCACUGUAAAGGUACCUGUGACAGAUUUCUGUGUCUUCUGCACCUGUCUCUGGACAGUGACAAAACUUUAAACUGCCACCAGAAUUCAAGUUUACCAUGUCUCAGUUUCUGUAAAUUCAUCGCUUGUCUUACUGAACUUCCAGAUAGCUUAUAGACUUCAGCAUCUACACUCCUCGUCUAAAGAAGACUGCUCUUUCCCAUUGAAAUUGAUUAUGGUAUUAUAGUAUGGGCCUCUAGCUGUGCCACAGGGAUAAAAGGAUUGUAGUUCUUUACUACAUCUUGGUGUGUAGAUGGUACUGUUCAGGUGGACCUGCUAUACUAUCUUGUGGGUAAACUGACACUGAUCUGGGACAGAGACUGAGAGAUUGGUCAUUCUGGUGUCAAAGUUUUAUUACAUUCUGGGUAUGAAGGGCAUUUGAUAUUUUUUUUUUAAGUAUGGGGGUUAUUUUUCUAAAUAUGGGUUGGUUGAUCAGUUCAAUGACUAGAGAUACCCUUAAAGUUAAAUUUUCCCACUGUGAACCUUAAAGGAUCAGGGAAGUAAGUUCAUUUAUUAAAUUCUCUUUUGGGAAAACAAAAUUCUCUCCCCCAACACUAUUAUCUUUGAUUUUUCAAAGGGCCUUAAUAGGUGGUUGUGCCUCAGCUAGAGUUUGUGGGAUUUUAGUUGCUAUGUAAUUGGCACUUAUAAAAUCUGAAGUAUCAUAAAUAAAGUUAUUUAUUUAAUUAUACUGCCAGUCUUUUCUACUGGUCUGAUUAUUUGGUUCAUUCAUUACAGCUGAUGUGUGAGCAUAACACUUGGACACUAGCUAACGUAGCUGCAGCUGAGCCAGCAAUAAUGCUGAUGACUGAUGGGCUGUUCCAGGACAGCUGUGCUCAGAUGAAGUAAUAGAAUUUGGCUGGUUAUUUUCUUUAUGAAAAUAGAGAAAACAGUUCUUCCAAGGAAGUUUAAAGAGUUUGGUGUAGAUGUUGGAGUCAGAUAAGUCUGACUAACUUCCCAGUACCGCCACCCAUACAGCCCCAGAGAGCCAAGAGAGCCUGGAAGUCCAGGAGGGCGCUCUUCCUUCCUUUCUGGUUCCUGCCUUAUUGGCAGAAAGGAAAUGGGGAUGUGCCCUUUACAGGAAGGGCUUAAAUUGGAUCCUGUGAUUGCUGGUUUGAAUUUCUUAUUUUUUCAGUCACCUAGUUUUCUCCCAUUUUUUGCUGUCCUCUUUAUAGACCUGUUGCUAGGCUCAAGAGCCAACAGUUAGUUUCUUGUUAAAACUAGUCAGAGCCCAGAGGUCAGAAGGAAUUGUCUGUUUCUGGUUCCAGUGAAAAUGCUGCCUCUUAGGGAAGCUGUGCUCCUUAACCAUUGUUUUAUGUAAUAACUCUUCUUUUUGGAUCUUUUUAGUAACCAUCCUAAGCUUUCCACUUUACUAAAAGAUGUGAAAAACAAUGGCAACAAAUGGGCAGAAAAUUCUAAAUGGUGUUUUUUGUUGUUGUUGUUGCUGCUGUUUUGUUUGUUUUAAGAAAGAAUCUCGCCAGCCCAGGCUGGCCUCAAAUUCUCAAUCCUCCUGUCUAAGCCUCCCAAGUAGCUGGAACUAUAGGCACAUACCACCAUGUCUGGCUCCAAAUGGCAUAUGUCUAAGAUUUUGUUUUAAUGUAUACUGAUGACUUAGUAAAAAUGUUAUCAAUGUAUUACUCAAGGUUAAGCCCAGCUAUCCAAGUGCUGUACAUCAUCAUCCUGGCAGUCUCCAGACUCUUGUUACUGUUGAUGCUGCAACCUGUAUUGCUCAUCAGUUAUUUUUCUAAGAUUAGAAGAGGGUUUUCCUUCUCCACUAUCUACUCUCCUGUGUACCAAAAUUUACUUUUAU